CACCCACACACGCCCACAGAUACAGACAGACAGACACGCACAGAUACACUACACCACGCCCGCCUACCCGCCCGUCCGUCCGUCCAUCCAUUCAUCGCACUCACUCACGGGAGCUCAUAGGAAUGCUCGUCUCUCUCUCUCUCCUUCUCUUCCUCUCGUUUGUAAUAAUAAUAAUUCCUCCCCUGUCUGUCUGUGUGGCUGUGUGUGUCAGUCGCGUAGCAUGGUGCCUGCCAAGGCGAGCUUCGCUCGGUAUGUGGCAUUGAUCCAUCCAUCCAGCUACUAUCACACGCGCAUCGCAUCCACAGCACACCGCCCAGAGGGGGACAGGGAAAUACUAAACCACCCAGCCACACGCACUCAUUCCGAAUUCCAUCAGUUCGGUCGGUUCGGUUCCAUCCAUCCAUCCAUCAAUGGCACUGGACACACGGGCCGGACACAUCCAUUCCAUAUGCAUGAGAUGACACAGCACUCACUCACUCGGCGUACGUAACACGCAAGCCAGCUCGCGAAGCAUGCCUGGCAUGGCUGGGCUGGCUGCUCUCCAACCUUGGUUGGCUCUCUCUGCUCUCCCUCCCUUACAAUUACAAUUACUUACAUACUUACCGUAACCACUCAGAAUCACAUAAAUGCAUCCAUCCACGCCUCAGUGAGUGGGUGGGCCGGGCUGGCUUGGCAGUCAGUCAUUGUCUCUAAACGAAAGAGACAGAUUGUUCCCCCCUGUCUGCCUGUCUGUCUGUAUGGGCUGUGUGGAGGUGUGUAUGUGUGAAGGCCUGCAAGGAGGACGUCUACAAACACACCCACCCAUCACGCCACCCAGCCAGCCAACCAACCAAAUACGUCACACCGCGCCAUCCACUCGCCCGCUCGCUCGCUGUCUGGCAAAAAACUCUCGCACAGCGCCAGCGACGUCUCCUUUGGUAUGUACUGUAAGAGUAAGAGCCGAAAAAUCGCAGAAAGUCCGUCGUAUGUGUGUAAGCUGACUGAGAUGUGCGCACGACGCCGCAUCAUCUGGUUGAAAAACAGCAAUGAUUGAUGGAUGUGGUGCGCGCGUCCGUGCGGUGUGGUGUGGUGUGGCGUCGAAUGGGGCAAGGUCAGCCAGUCAGUAAGUCAGUCAGUAAGUCGGUCGGGCGGAGAGGGACACACGUGUUGAUAUCCCUCAGGGCCCAUACAUUACAUGGACAAACAGGUGCACAGAUAGAUGGAUGGAACUGAUGUCACUCACGUGAGACCGCCGUCCGUCCGUCGUCCAUCCGUUGAUCAAAACACUCAGCUGGAGUAGUGGGUGGACGGGUACCUACCUACCAGAGUGGUGGGUGGACGGGGCAUACAACAGCUGGCCGGAUGGGACCUUAAACAGCACAGGCGGGUCGGUCGGGUGAAGUGAGUAGUCAGUGGGCGGCUGGCUGGGGUCAGAGAGACAGACAGACAGGACCAACGAGUGAGUGGUGUCAUGCAUUGUGAGCAUUCAAACUCUCACGUACGGCAAAUAGAUUCCCCUCUCCUCUCUCUCCCUCCUCUCUCUCUCAUCUCUCUCAUCUCAGAUUCCAGGAUAUAUAUGGGCCGUCACACAAAACCAGGCAGACAGGCAGACAGGCAGGAGAUUGCGUGGGCAGCCAACCGACCAGCUAGCCUCACAGAACAACAGACACAGCCGGACGGACGGACGGACGGAUAGACAGCGCACACGACGACCACAAGAAGCUACAUAGAGCAUUAUGAAGAGGGCACGUACGGUACGCAACGUGUCUGUGUGUGUGUGUGUGUGUGUGUAGGUCGGGGGCUGUCCCUCUCGGUCAGCUCCGACACACUCACUCCACUCACAUACCCUGUUGGCACGUACAGAGAGAUAGAUUAGAUUAGAUAAGUGUGUGUGUAAGCGAGUAGGAAAGUAAGUGUCGACCGGCCGUUGGUUGGUGCCGGGCACUGCUUGUGCUGCACUUAUGGAUGGUGUGUACGGUGGCAUGACGCACGAGAGAGAGGAGAGAGGGGAGACGAGAAAGAGGAGAGAGAGACGGCAUCGCAUCAAUCGAAUGAAAAGCAAAAUGAAAGUUACGGUAGGUACACACGCACUUACAUACUAACUGACCGAUUGCUGCUGAGCUGGCUCAGCCGCUGCACUCACUGCAGAUGGGUGCAGACAGAGCUCCCGACAGACCAUGCAUGAAUGAGUGAAACGCGACACUUUUUCUCGCCCACCACAGCACCACAGCCAACCCCCCCACCCGACGCCCACCACAGCCCACCCACCCCUCCCAAUACGAAAUCGAUCGGUGUCUGUCGGUCGGUCUUUUGCUUUUUCUCUUACUCAAACAAAGCACCAGACGGACAGAUGCACACAGUAGGGGACGGGACGACCGUCGGUCGGUUGGUUCCUUUAAACUGGCUGGCUGGCUGGGGGCCACAAAAGCCCCUAAUCCGGUCCGAUCCGGCCCCCCUCCUACUGUACGUCUGUCUGUCUACACGUGCGUGCGUCAUCCCAUUCCGCGAAUGGCUUUCCUCCUUGCCUCUCUCGUCUCGUAUCAUUUGCCGGCUGACAGACUGACAGACAGACAGACAGACUGACCAACAGACCGACCGACGACCGCCCAGCUACUCCAAAAAUAGCACACAACUGGGUCGCCAGUUACCGCUGCACUCACUGACUGCAUGCAUGAGCAUGACUCUCACUUUCUUCCUCUGGUGGAUGGACACGACGCUCACGCACAAGCACAUGCGACAGACAGACAGACAGACAGACAGAAAGACAGGUCCAUCAGUCAGUCAGUCAAUCAACAGAAAGAAAGGUACACGAGCGUACAGGUUGCUUGAUCCGAUCGUUCGAGAAAAAGACAGCUACCUUCCCCUCCCCUCCCUUCCCCUCCCUCCCUGUCUGCCUACCUACACCAAACAAACCAUCAUCCACCCGUCCGUCGGUCCAUCGACAAGGAAGGCCACGAGGAGACCACAGCACGAGGGCACACACGAAUGAAUCAGCGAGUCAGUCAAGGGCACACAGACACCGAUAGGUACGGUACGCACACACCAGGCACGGACACACGCCAGAGGGGAAGGGGAGGGGGAAACUCGCACGCACACACGCUCACACGCUCACAGGCACUCACAGGCACUCACCCACUCACAGGCACUCACCCACUCACGUACAAACAAACAACAGCCGGUUGGUUCAUCAUCAGAAGAAGAAGAAGUAGCUGCUAGCAGCUGUAAUUAGAAUAAUGCUGAGAAGUAGUCAGUCAGUAAGUCACACCACCAACGGCCCUCUCGCCUCUCCCCCUCCCUCCCUCCCCCUCUCUCUCUCUCUCUCUCUCCCCGACCCCUCCCCAUGUAUGUCUCACUCACGGCUGCACCUCCGGUUCGCCAUAUCUCUCCAGGUUGGGCGUCUUGAGUGCCGACGCCAGCACCGGGGUCCCCUGCGGGUUUGUGCUGUCGAGCGACACCAGCUUGCCAGACACCUGACGGAACACCUGACGGGUGGCGGCGUCGGACAGGCAGGCAGUGAGCCGCUCGUGGUUGGCGGACACGUCGCGGCACAGCAGCCACAGGGCGGCAAACGCUGAGAAAGAAAUGGACGGACGCAUAAAAGGAUGGCACACAGAGGACACACACAAAGGGAGACUAACUGACGUACCUUGUUCCUGGAGUUUGAUGUCGUCGAGGUGUUUGGUGAGUAUCCCCAGCAGCACCUCGACGGCGCCCUCCUCGCCAGCACGCCGCUUGUACUCCUGCAGAGAGAAUGCUGUGCUGCCCCCAGCACCCGGAACCUUCUCACUCUGGCACAGUGUUGCGAUCAGCCCACAGGCUGCAGACAGAUAAGCCACAACAACACACAACACAUGUGUCGAACGAAUGUCUCGAAGGUUUGAUGCAACCUAAGGUGUCUCUCAUGUCACGUACCGAAUAUGUGGAGCCAGUUGGCAUUGGGCCACUGCUUGAGCGCUCGGAGCACCGCACUCACCGCCCCCGCCUGCCAGGCGGCCUCCAGCGCGCGGCCGUCCUCAGUGCACAGCCGCCACAGCGCCCCGCAGCCCCAUAUCUGCAGCUCCAAGUCUUGCGGGUAAGACUGCAGCGCAUCCGCCAACCCGGACACGCCGUUGCCUGCCAAGGCACGCUGCCGGUUGGAGGGCUCGGCGAAAAGGGCGAAGAGGGCGCCGCAGGCCUUCCAGUGGAGCUCUGCCUUCUUGGUGUGGGUGCGCAUGGCCCCCAGGAUGGCCUCGACGGCGCCGGCCUUGCCCGCUGCGACGCUGUUGCCGGCGUUGUGCCUGCAGAGGCUCCAGACGGCGGCGCAUCCCCACAGCUGGACGUCGGGGUGGAGCUGCAGCUUCUGCAGGUUGGUCACCACCGUCUGCAGGGUGCCCUCCAGCCGGCCCUCCUCCUUGGCGCGACGCGUCUCGUCGCUGAAACACAUACACCAGAUGGCCCCGUAGCCUGCAGUCAUUAAUUAGCAUAUCAAAGGGGAGCGAAGCGGGAGGAAUACCGAUCGGUCGAUGUAAGCAACGUGUGUCUGUCUGUGUCUGUCCUGGGUGUGGCCCACCACCGCCCCGCCCGUCCUUACCGUGCCACUGGACAUGUGGGUCGUCGGGCCACAUCCUGAGCGACUGAGUGAGGAUGCGCAGGGCGCCGUGCUGCCCCGCCUGCAGCUGGUUGGGCAGACAGUGACGCGUCAUCGAGAACAACGCCCCACAACCUGCACACCACACCACAGCACAUGACACACCAGACGACGGACACACACACACACACACAUGACAGACAGACAUGGUCAUGUCUGUGUGUGGCUGGCUGAUCGGUGUGUGCGGUGCCUCCUCACUGACCCACCCCAUAUUUGUAUCUGCAGGUUGUUGGGGUUGUGUUGGAUGGCAUUGAGGACGGCCUUGAUGGACGACGCCUCGCGUGCCCGCGUCUUGUUGGGGGCCACCUGGAAGCAGAGGCUGAACAGGGCGCCGCACCCGAUCCACUGCAGGUCCUCCCUGUCGGCGUGCUUGAGCAGCGCCCGCGUGACGGCCUCGACGGCACCCAGCUGCCCCGCCUGCUCGAUCCGCUGCGUGUUGUACUUGCAGAUGCUCCACAUCGCCGCGCAUCCUGCACUCACACGCCCACAUCAUCAUUGAGACCGGCUCUCGGGUGUGAGAUGUGACUGACCUUUGGUCUGGAGGAAGACGUCGUUAGGGAACCGGUUGAUGGCGCUGACGAUGGCGCCGAGACCCCUGCUGACGUCGAGGACUUCGUUGCUGCCCUUCUGGAGCAGACGGCUGCGCGAAAAAAGCUCGGCCAGCCGCAGGCAGCCCUCCAGCUGCGUCGUGCGAUCGUCCAGCGCGUAGAUCAUCGAGUCCACCAAGCGAUCAAACGCUGCCUGGAAAAUCAAAACAACAGACACAAGAUCAAUCAAAGUCGUCCCGACUGAUGUGAUGUGGUCUGGUCUGGUCUGUCUCACGUACCACUUCGGCCGGUCGGUCCUUUGGCGGCAGUGCAGGUGACUGUGCCACGGAGUGGCUGCCGGGCGUUUGGCUCCCAGGAGAGACAGAGCCGCCGCCCUGCUGCUGCUGCUGCAACUGCUGUGGCUGUGGCAGGUGCGCCUGGUGGGGCUGCUGAUGCUGCCCCACCAGCUGGCCGGCCACAUCCUUGGCCUCUCCUGCCCCUGCCUGCCGGGCCGCCGGGGGCGGCAAGUUCACAACCGGCGCACUGUUGGCGCCCCUUGCCGGCGUCAGCAGCUGAGCUGUUGUUCCCCUGGCCUGUUGCUGCUGCUGCUGCUGCUGGUGGAUUUGCUGCUGGAUUUGCUGGAUUUGCUGCUGCUGUUGUUGGAUUGGCUGUGGGUGCGCCGCAGCAGGUGGCGGGAUGACAGUGGGCGCCCUAUAGGGGGAUCUCUGUGGCGGCGGGAAGGUCUGCAGGGGCAUGGCUGGUGUGUGUCCACCGGGAGCGGGAGGCAGGGGCAGGGGGCGGCCGCCUGGGUUGGCGGUGCGCGAGAGGAUGGGUGGGGGCGGAGGGGGCUGCCCAUGGUUGGUCAGGGUCGUCAGCCCCCUGCCGGCGCCGGGGAACUGGGACUGCGGCAACCCGGGAGUCUUGCUGCGGGCCAGGAAUGGCGAUGUCAUCGACGACCAUGACGUGGCGCUGAUGCCUGCACACACAACACAGACAGACGAUUGACGGCACAUGUGGUUGCGCAUGGCAUGUGUAGUUUGUCCAGCUGGCCCACCUCUGCAUAGGUUGGCCACAUCUCUGUCGCCGAGUGCCUGGAAGUCAGUCGGCGGCCGGUGCAGCUGCUUGCCGAGCUCGUGGAUGGCCAGGCUUCGCAGCAGCUCGCUCCCGAGCAUCCCCGUGACCUCACUCGGCAGCAGACCCAGCUCCACCACGGCCUGCCUCAGCGCCUCGAAGUCACCCAGACCCGCCUGUGGCGACGCGAAAGGCACCUCCUGCUCGUCUCCCCGCACCGACAUGUUGUCGCCGUAGCCGCCCACGAGCUCGGCCCUCUUCUGCGCCUCCCGCUGCCACUUGGAGGGGCGGAAUGCUCGUCGUGGAGGGAUGCAGAUGUGGCAGUGGCCGCAGAGGGUGCCCCACCUGCACACCUUCUGGUGGUGCCAGUAGCACCGCUUGUUGGGGCAGGUGCCCUCCUCGGGGUUCAGGUGACCGAUGGACCCCACGUUGAUCGGCACGCCCUGGUAGUUGCGUGGAAGACGCUCGCGGAUCACUCCGGCCAGGGCGAUGAGCUCACGGCGAUCAAGGUCUGACAGACCGAGUGAAUGGAAGAAAAAAUGGGUCGCUGGGCUGGGUGGCAUGGCAAGCAGUGUGUUGGCGUUCGUUGCGUUGCGUGCAUACCAGCUUGGUGUUUGUGUCCCAUGGUGACGACUUCUCUGUUGUCCUCAACCUUGAUAUGGAUGACCUGCUGGAAGAGGACAGGCGGGAUGGUGCUCUCCUUGUCGCCCAGCUGCUGCACUAUCAGCGCCAUGACCACCACCUCUCGCUCGCUGCUCGUCGGCUCCAGACUGUUCUGCACCUGCGACAAGGCCACGUGGCUGCUGUCGUCGCCCGUGGUCGAUGUGGAUGCCGGUGUGGCGGUUGCCGCGUCGGGGGCCACCUUGGGGGACUGCAGGAUGGCCACAUUGAUGACCUCCACCUUCUGACCCGUCAUUGCAUACUCCUACCAACAGAGACAGACAACACACAAGGGAGGGAGGGGAGGAGAGCAGGUGGUGGUCCUGGGUGGGGCGGGUGGGUGGCAGCUCGCUGUGCUGUCUUAUUUACGUGGUGUAUGCGAUGUUUCCAUCGUGUGGGGUCGAUCAUGCUGCUGUAGGACGUCUCAGGCUUCUGCUGCACCUCCUCGAUCCACUCCUUCUCGACGCCCUCACCGUCAGUCACCCGACGGUACCCCACACCCACAGGGGCACUCGCCGCGUCAGCUGACGGCCCAUACGCACCGUAAAACGCCGCACGUUGCUGCCGAGCCAACGCACUGCCAGAGGAUGACCACUGGGCGGCAGCGGCAGCGGCAUGAGCAUUGGCGUGAGACGGUGGCGGGGGCGGCCAGCCUCCUCCCUCUGGCUCGUCGUAGUCGGGCGGAGGGGGGUUGCUGCCGCUCUCAUGUGGUGAGGUCGUGUCCUUGACCGUCGACAGGACGUUGUGCAGGAGCCUGGAUGGGUCGUGGGUGCUCCCGCCGGGUGCCGACGCCGACGCCCCCUGUGUGAGGGGCGCGAUCAGGUGGCUCAACUCGUCAACCUUCUGCACGCCACACCACAGCACAUACCAGAGAGAGACAACCAUGUGUCUCACCAUCCAUGAGUGUCUGUGCUGUGUCAGUGUGCCCAUCUACCUUUUCAGGCAGGAAUAUGUCGGCUCCUCUCUGGACGAGUUCUGCCACGACGUGCUGUCGUUCCUUGGCGAUUGCGAGGUGGAGGGGCGUCCUGCCGGCGUGGUCAAUGAUGUUCUUCUCCGCACCGUGGUCCAGCAGCAAAGUCACCAGUGACAGAGACCCGCUCUCGGCAGCCCAAUGGAGUACUGUCCGCCCAUCACGCUGACAGACAUGACAACCACACACACGCACAGACACGCACACAUAUACAGACCACACGUGCUCGCCUGUCCGGUCCGCCCGGUCUCGCGUGUCAAGUCCCUCCCUCCCGCACCUCGUGUUGCAGAUUGAGGUCAAUCUUCUGAGUGAGUAUCCUCCUGGCGCCCUCGAGGUCGCCCGUCAGCACGGCCGCCAUCAGCAGGGCAUACGAUGUGUGUCCGUCCACCUCACUGCCCCCCCCGCCCACACCCACAGCGGCCUCCGCGGCUCUGUCCUCCUCUGCCACCUGGCCGGCCACGGCCAAGUCAUGGCGCGAGCUGUGUGUAGGUGGGGAGCUGUCUUUGUCCUGGUGCGAGCUGCCGGUCUGAGAGUGGGAGACGAAACUCCCAUCGACAAAAAAUCCCAGGGAUGGGUCGCUCGCCCCGCCGCCACCAUGAGCCACGGGCGACCAGUCGGUGCUCGCUGCCCUGUUGUCAGACUGGGGCGACCCGUGGGGCACUGGCGUGUCUUCGUCCAGCGAUAGGGACCCGUUGAGCCACGCCAGCAGGUCCUCUGGACGAUUCGACGACGGGGGGGUGGCGUGGGUGGACUGUGGCAGCUGAAUGAAUCAACGAAGAACGGACAUAUGCACACGCGUCAGUCCUUUCGCCUGUUCAUUCUGUCUGUCUGUCUGCCUGCCUUGAUGACCUACCGUACCUACCGCAUUGUUGGCCGUGUCCCGUUCAAGUGUGGUGUCGUCGUUUCUGUCCCUGUCGCCCAUUCCGCCCAUUCCAGGGGGCACGUGAAAGAAACUCGACGUGAAGGCCGCCGGACGCGCCAGGCCACUCACGCCCCAGUCGUCCCCCCCGAUGCUGUUGCUGCUGGCCGUGGCCUGCACGGUGCUGCCCGUCACCCGCAGGUGGUCGGUAGACCGGAUGGAUGCGGUCUCGACGGGCAGCGUCUGGGUGGAGGGGCUUAUCUGCGAUGGUAUGUUGGGGAUGUACGAAGUGUCGGUGGCCAGGGGGGUGGCCGGCGGCACGUGCAGAGACGGGAUCGAGUCGUCCUUCAACGGCGAACGGGGAGGGGGCGUGAUGGCGCGAUCGAAGUCGGAGCUCUGACACAACAGACAGAGGCCAGCCAACCAUAUUUGUCCACCUUACCUUCGACACACGCACAGCACAUUCAGUCAGGUUAGUGUGCACCAACCUUAGGUGGCGAGUUGGCAUUCCCCUGGUCUCUUGGCGUGACGCCCUGGCCGUCUGACCCCCCCGCACCGCUCCCGCCACUGCCCACCAUCCCGCCCGCAGACAGGUCGUCGGAAUUCGACCUGUCAGAACCCAUUCGUUAACGACGAUGAACCGGAUGAACUCGACUCGCACCCACCACGGGAAUCAACCAACCCACCCCGCACAACACUCACUAGAUAGACAGACUGAUAGACAGCUCCACAAUCAGUCAGCACGGCACCCUCUUGGUCGGUCCACGCAAGAGCAACGCCACUAGAGUCCCGAUGCUCCCUCGGUCGCUCGGCCUUGAUUGCUGGCCGUCGGACGGCAAGGUGUGCACUGCUCCCACCGGCGGACUGCAGCCCUUCAACUGCAAACCUCCAAGAUGCCGCGGCGGUUGAUGUUGCUGAUGUGGCUGGCCCGCGUGAUGUCCGGAAGCCGCCACACACGGAUGAAGUGACGAACGUUUCUUCGUCAGCUGAUCAGCAGAUAGAUCCCUCCCUCCCUCCCCUGUUGCUCAGAUGUCUCGCUCCCCGACGGCGGACGCGGCGUUGUUGGCCACUUGUCGUGUUGCCGACCCGUCAGCCCUCCUCCCUCAGAUCAGAUGCUCUCCCCGCUGCUUAACGGAAUGAUGGAUGCCUGAUGCUGGAUACACACGGUUGGGCCAAGCAGAUAUAUGCCACACUUCUGGCCUGCUCUGCCUUGACACUCUCGUGUGCUGGUCCUCCCCAAGAGGCGCCCAAG